CAAGUUCCAAGUUAUCAAACGAGCAGUUUGAAAGCAGAAAGGACGGCAAAUAUGCGCGUUAUUUUCCACAAUUCAUUCAAGUUUUAAUGCAGUGUAUUUUUAUAUUUAUGAACAAUAAGUUAACGUUUCUCUUCAUUGAAGAAUCGUUGUUUUCAAAAUGACCUUUUUAUCACCUGUUUUAUCCUUGCCACCCGACGAAAAAUCACCGCUGCAAACGACAUCAACCCUUGGCCGAAAGACAUCAACUUAAACUGCAGACGGUUUGCUCGUUUAGUUCGAUCGCCAUGCCCUCAUCGUUACGCAUAAGCGAGGAACAGAUCAACCAUCUGGCUUCAAUGGCAAGGCACGAACACUCCAAAAGCGGUCGUGUUUUUCUUAAAAACCACGAAAACACUGGGAAAUGGCUACCGCGCUGGUGUGCACUGUACCAAAAUUUUUUGUUCUACUUUGAGAGUGAGGAUUCCGUAAAGCCUUUGGGAACCAUUUACCUGGAACAUUCUAGUUGCGAGAGACUAUGCCUGACUAACUUAAAGGAUAGUGAAAAUCAGGUUUGACCGUAUUCACUUUGUUCAAUAUUUCCCAGUCUUAUAUUGAAAGAUUUUAUUUUACUUAUUAUUCUUUUGUUUUCUACUUAGGAAAGGUCUUCCUUUUAUCUUUCCAGCCGAGGUAUUUUUUCUUGUAGAUCGAUCGGCACAGAGUUUUUUUUCCAAUAUUUAAUCUCAAAUGAAAAGAGCAAAGAAUAACAUAGUCUUUUAUUGGGAAGGUGCAUAAUAAAUUCGGUUUCGCUCCACCUUGCAGGCCUGGAGUUUGUUUUUACUUCUUAAGCUUAUUCAUUUUUAAUCAUUGAUUCUCAAGACACUGACAUGCUUCUUGCUGCAGAAUUUUUUUUUUUUGCAAGCUUAACCUUCUUGUUUAUAGAUGUAAAGCUUAAGUAAUUUUAUAAUGUUAAAGGAAAUGUGAAAUUCAAGUGCUAUGCGGGCGAUAUGGUGUGCAUUUUUAGCUCGUUGGCUAAAUUUGUCAGCAAUGUUCAAAAUUAAGCAUGUUCGGAAUCAAUUAAUAACAGUUCCUGCUGUUCAUCAAAACGCAUUUGAUUUUUAUGAAAUAUCACCUUUCUAGCUUGCCUGUGUUUAGCAUAUUUUUUAAUGUACAAGACACCUUCAGUUUUUCUUCAAAUUUAUAAUGUUGAGUUCGAUGUUAUUGACUCUGAAACGAGGCCAAGAGAAAAUGUAUGACGAGCUGUUGUUUUUUUGUUCAUACACUACCUCAAAGAAAUAAGUCGGAAAAUACGGCGAUUUUUAUGGUUUAGAUGUAGAGCGGUUCUUUCAUUGUUUGGUCACUGGCCAGUUCAAAAUUUUACAUCAGAAAAUAUAAAAUAAUGAUAUUAUUACUACUUAGCUGAAAAAAGUACAGGGCUGGAUAGUCUGCAUGAACUUCACUUUACCCCAAUUCCAUCAUGUAUAAGAAAGUGAAAAUAAAAGAAAACAAAACAAAACAAACCACCAAAAUUAUUACAUUUAACCAUUCAGCCAAAAAUGUUGGGAAUAAAAUCAGUUGGAAGAGAAGAUUCCAAAUAUUUCAGAAUUUGUGACUACCAGUUUAAAAUUGUGUUUUGUUUUUUGGAAAUUGUCGAAAAUCUAUCAAUAGCAAUUAGAGUGAUUUUACUUGAAACAUGAAACAGAUACUAACAAAUAGUGCCUUUAAAUAGCAAAGAGGUAAACAAAAGAAUACAAUGGAAUUAGUGCAUAAUAGUGCAUAGUAUUCUACUACCUAUUUCAUGGGUCAAGUAAAUUCACUCCAUUCCACUUGCAACAAAAUGAUUAUGGCCAACUCAGCACUAUGUGUCACAUUAGCUAUUUGUAGCAUCUCAUAUCCAAUGUGUGGUCCUGGAAUAUGUAGCAAUUAUUGAAUUUGGCUUUCAUAUCAUCUGAAGAAUAUAUAUGGAGAUGGCGGAGGGUGUGGCCUCAACGGAUAACACCCUUUAAGAUCUCCAUAAUUCUUGAGAUGAUACGAAAGCCGAAUUUAAUAACUGAGUUAUUCUGCGUUCGAAGUAAUUCCUAGUUUUUAAAAAACGACAAAACAUGCUUGCCUCCAUCGAUGUUAAGUUCAUCUUCAAUAGUGCAUGUUUAUCGGUAAGUUUAGGAGAUAAAAGGGUUUUCAGUUCUGCAAAUAUUCCUCCAAAUAGCAGAUAUUGUCUAUUGAGUUGUCUUCUUGCUGCUCUUGCUAUGUUUUUAGCCAACAGUUUGCCUAUUGUUGCGCCAUUUUGUAUUCACUACCAAGUCAACUCUUGAAACCCCUUCCCCAGGUCCUCUCGGGUUAACCGUUCAAUAAUCUGGCUAGUUUGCUGCACAAGUGACAUCAUCAGUGAAAGUAUUGCAAAAGUCUUCCAAAGUUGGUUGACAGUAGCUGGUUAUGAUGAAUUAUGCAUGGGAUUUUAGCCAAUCAGAAACGGAGGAAUAUUUUGAAUGAAUAAUAAUGUUAAAUAUUAACACUGGAACCCCGUUAAUACGACCACUUUUGGGCCAUGGAAAUUUGGUUGUAUUAACAGGGUGGUCGUAUUAACGGGGUGGUCGUAAGACGGGGUUCCACUGUAGAAGUGACGUCAAAAUUAAAGUUGUCAAAAGUCAAGACAGGAACCAUGCAAAAUACUAUAUUUAAUACUACGUUGCUUCAAAAUUGAGUGGAUCCAGGCUUUCCCUUUAAAGGACUACUCAGUCGUGCUGAUUUUUUUUUGUCAAUCUCAGAACUGCUUUUCUAUUGAUGUACCAACUGUGGAUGGACAUCAACAACUUAUUCUAAGAACAAACAGUGAAGUUGACUGUAAAACAUGGAUUGAAGCUAUCACAAAAUGCAGGUACCGAUGUCUAUCGCUGUUAAAGCAAUCUUAAUCAUUGUACAGGAUUGUUGAAACAACAUUUUCUUGUGAACUGAGGACUAAAGUGCACCAAGGGUGGAUUAAAAUAAUAGGGCCCCCCUUUUGUCCCGGAAUUUUUUCUUUUGUAAAUGUGUGUCAGAUGGUACUUCAGCUUUGUUACUUAAAUGUAUUUUCUUUAACAGACAUUGUUAAUAAGAAAAGAAUCCAUGUUCAAAGCCAAAAUUUUUAGCCGUAAAUGACCAAAGCUCCCAGAAUGUAAGCAGUAAAUAUUCUUUUCAAACAAACUGGAUUUGACAAUUUUUCAGUGAGACAAUGUUGCCGCUUUUGCCAGGAGGUUUUACUCUCGCUGCAAUCGCUUUGGCCCCAGCUAGCAUCAUAAAGCCGACAGCUACUUGCCAAACUCCCCGACUUCAAAAUAUCUCUUCUAGGAAAAGAUCUCGCUCUUACAUCUUUGGCCAAAGAUCUUGGGGUUGUUUUAGAUCCGCAACUAACGUUUGAUGACCAUGUUCUAAAAACUACGUCAUCUUGUAUGUCAAGCCUCGCACAAAUCAGUCGGGUUAAACAUGUUAUUGACCGUAACCAACUGGUGACAGUAAUAAAUGCACUAGUCUUUAGCAAAUUACUGUACUGUUCCGCAGUGUGGUCGAACACCUCGAACAAAAAUAUCUGUAGACUACAGUCAGUGCGGAACUUUGCCGCGCACAUUACUACAGGUACCAGGAAAUUUGAUCAUGUAACCCUCACACUAAGAGAUCUACGUUGGUUUCCAAUUAAACAAAAGCUGUUCUUCCGCGACACUCUCAUGGCAUUUCAAUGCAUGACUGGUCAAGCUCCACAUUACCUCAGCGAUCAAUUUACAACAAGAAUUGCGGUCACCGGGCACGUGACUCGAAGUUGCCAAUUACUAAACAUCCCCUUGUAUAAGUCGAGUACCGGGCAGAGAACAUUCCACUACCGCAUGGUGCACAUUUGGAACAAUCUAGACAGUACUCUUAAAACUGCAAAAUCGAUUUCUACUUUUAAAUAUUGUAUAGUACGUAGUGAGAAUAUUUAUUAUACGAUUAAUUCUUAAAUAGGUAUGUUUAUAUUGCUUUGUUCACCGCAUUUUUUCUUUUUAAUCGAAUUGUUAACUACUUCUCUUAUCUUAAUUAGUUGUUUUUGUUUUUUUUUUUAGUCGCAUUGUCACUGAAAAGCCCCUCCAGGGGAGUGUCAAUAAACUAUUGUAUUGUAUUGUAUAAAGUGUUAAUUCCACACCUGUGGUUUAUUGAAUAUUUCAGCAUUACAUGUUCAAUACGGAAUCCAGACAUUUGCUAAAUUUAAGCAUCUACAAUGCACUAAUUUGCAUCCCAGAGAACUUCAGUCUCAAAAAUUUUCCUGGAGGGGCAUGCAUCCGAAACUCCCCAGAAAAGUGCGCCAUUCACAGUCCUCAUGGGCGCUAUUGUGCCCAUAUUGCCACUGUAUACUAUAUCUCUAGGCUACCUCUAUCACAAAAUCCUCUGUCUGCCCCUGUGCACAAAUUCCUCACUUCACAACUGUCUUUACUCAGUGUCAUACAAACACAUCUCUUGGCCAAUCAAAGCAAGUGUUAAAUGGGGGAUCAUAAAUAGGGUUUCAACCAGGAAUGAUCUGGCUGGUUCUUGUUUUCUGCAAGUUUGUGAGAUAGCCAAAUUAGAUAGCCAUGGAUCAAGUGCUUUCACGUCCAUAGGGGAACAUGUAAUGUCACGCCCAUUAAUUGCUAUACAAACAUGUAAUCUAACUUUAUUUUCUUGUUGUUUGUGAUGUAUAUGUUGCAGUUAAUUUUUUAUUUAGGCAAUUUUUGUUUUUCUUUUAUUUUUGGGUAUGCUAAUGAAGUUGAAACAAAAGAAAAAGAAAAAUUUCUGACUUGAGAUAAAAAACUAACUACAACAUAUACAUAAUUUAUAUCAAAAUGCCUCUUUUGUAAGUAAAGUGUACAAUAAUUAAUCAGAUAGAAUACAGGAUUGGUCAAGUUUGUAAUAAUUAUUAAGAAAGUAAUAAAUUAUUAGUAGUGGUAAAAAAAGUAAACAAAAAACAAUGGAUGGAAUCUCACUUAUUGUACAAAUUAUUAACAAACUAAUCUCUGAAAGCUGUGAUCUCUUGUUUAGCUUUGCUGAGUUGCAAUCAGAGAAGGAGGAACUGGAAAAAAAGUACAUCCAUUAUAUACAAAUUCUGGAGAGUGAGAAGACUGCUAAAUGGCAGUUGCUUCAGCAGUGUGAGGAACAGGGACAAUUAGUAUCAAGCCUGAAAACUGAGGCACGUUAAGUAGAUGAUAUCAUUCAUACCCCGCUAAAUGACAGCAUAGACAGCAUACAUUGAGUUACAAUUCAAUCAGAACUCAAAUGUUUUUCAAUUAAUUAACUGUUUGACCUGUAAGAACUAAUUGACACCAGAACCCUGUUUUGAUUAACAAACAAUUUAUGCCUCAUGGUGGCCACUGUCAGUUGUGACUUUUUACUAUUGGAUUAACUCCUCACAAGACCAAGUCACAAUAAACAACAACAGUCCUAUUCAAGACUAUGUUCAUCCGGAUGAUCGUACUCAACCUACUCAAGACAAACUUGUGGCUGUUUGACCAGUCAAGAAAAUAAUACUGAACUUUGAACUUUGACAGCAGGAGUAUUAUUUUAUAGAUAAAAUUGUCCAGUUACAGUGUAAAAAUAAUAGAAGUUUUACCAACAUGUUUCUUGCUCACAGCUUGCAAGUCUCCAAAAAGAGAAUGCGGCACAGACAAGGGAAGAGGAGAAUGAAGAAAUAAAGAACAUCAAAAAGGUACUUAAAAUGAUUGUUGGCCGUGUGUCUGGUGGAGCUGUUGUGGGUCAUAUUUUAAAUUUUACUUUUCCUCUGCUUUGUUGGAAAAAUCAUACCAUAAUAUAUUUAUAGGUCAGACUUUGAAAAGAUAUUCUAACAGAGAUAUUCUAAUAAAGGAUCUGAUAAAUUUAACAGUAGUCUAAAAACUAAAUUGCUGAUGUUUGAUGAUAACCAAAUGACUUCUUAACAGGUACAGAGUCUGAUUCGUGGUUGGCUUUGUCGUCGUCGCUGGCACAGUAUAGUACAAAAUUACAUUCGUUCUCCUCAUGCAGAGAGCAUGCGUCAACGCAACUCACUUUGCUUUCAGCUGGUGGAAACUGAGAAUGAAUAUGUACAAAACCUCUCUACACUUGUGUCCUGUUUCUUCAGGCCUUUUAAAAUGGCUGCUAGCUCCAAGAGGCCUCCAUUAAGUCAUGAAGAAGUAAAUUGUAUUUUCCUUAAUAGGUAUUGUAUUAAACUUAAAUUCAUUAAAAAUAACUAAUAACUCAAUUUUCAACGCUAAUUAAAAAAAAGGCUAAAAUGGUUAUUGUCGUGAAAGCAGAGUAUGUCAAUAUAGUGCUGUAAAAUAAAUAAGUGUUAUUAAUAACAAAGCGUGAGUAAGUUAACAGUAAAUAGGACAAAAGGUAUCCGUCAACUGAUCGGAGACAAAACUAAUUGUUGAAUUACUAAAUUUACCACAGUUCUAUGUAAUGCCUUACCGUACAUACUCCUACAGAAAACUCAUGAAAUUAACGCUUUAAAAAGAUCCUAAAAGUUUUGAUUAUAAAAGGUUCUUAAAAUUGAUUAACCCAUGUUAAUACACUUUGAAGAAGAAAUUGGUGUUCCCUUGCAACCAUGGCGUAAAUGUAAUUUGUUAGAAGUAAACAUAUUAAACGACAUUCAUCGUAAUUCCCAUCAUAAGAACAUUUAAGACUAUCCUAGUUUUCUUUAGUCAUCCUGACAUUCAUAAAACGUAACCUUUGAGCAAAUUUUCACCCUUGGAUUUUAAACGGCAACUGUGGCGCCACAGAGCAAGUUUUAAAAAGCAAUCUUAGCAAUUUACGUUGUUCAGUUUAUCACCGAUACGAUUAUUGCAAUCUAUGUGUGUUUAAUCUUAUUGCAGUGAAACAAUACUUUUUUUGCAUCAAAUUUUUCUGAAAGGACUUCACACACGUAUGGAAAGCUGGCCAACAUUGGUUUUAGGUGAGUUUUGUAGUCUACUCCAAACGGUAGGCUGUUCCUUGUUGUUUGUAGCAAAAGUUUGUACACCAUGUUCAUGUAAGUGCAUCAUCUAAAGCUGUGAUAAAAGAGGCCAUUCGGUUGGUUGACCAAGUACAAGAACAAGUACAUUUUAUUUUAUUAUUGCCUUUUAAAUACGGAGAAGAAAGGGGUGGUACUCUCCUCCUUGACUACUAUAGCGAUUUAGGCGUCGUCAGAUAUCUUAACCCUUCUUAUUAAACACUUCAUCAACUACCUUCAUGUUACACAAGGAAAGGGUGGGAAGUAACUUUAAGCUCUUAGCACAGGGCAGAAUUGAGCCGUCUCACAGUCAGCAUUAGUAUAUUCGCCAAAACGUAUUAAGGUAGCUGUCUCUGGUGCGUAAAUAACAGGCUGAUUGACGUGCUUAUUUUGACUCCCUGAACACAGGAGACUUGUUUGAUAUGCUGUUGCCAAUGCUGAGCAUUUAUCAGGAGUAUGUACGUAACCAUCAUUACUCUCUGCAGGUCAGUGUACGUUAUGACUCAGUUACUUAUGAUGGUUCAAAUGUUAGUUCAGUACUUAUCGUUGGUCAACACUGUCAUUUUUAUUUGAUAAACAGGUUACUGUGUUCAAUGAUAAGGUUCCCAAUAUUACCUUAAAGUGUUUAUAACUAAUACAAAACAUUUAAAGUACUAAAACGUAUUCGUCGUGUUUUAAUAACAGUUUUUCUGUCUUUUAAGAAAAUUUACGUCAAGCGUUAGACCACCUUUUCGAACCUUUUGUUGGUUUAAUCCUAUGAACUACAGCACGAAUAGCUUGGCGUGAACGGGAUUUUAUUGUGUAUUGCUUCAUGAAGUGGCUGCAAUAUUUUUUAUUUGUUUUUUUUAUGUCGGCAGACGUUAGCGGAGUGUAAGCAACGCCCUGCUUUCAACCGACUACUGAAGUUGUAUGAAGAGAAACCAGUUUGCAGUGGGAGGAGGUUGGAGAACUACCUAACAGCUCCAAUGCACAGGGUUAGUCCGUCACUGAGGCCGUACAAACACCGCGGUAAAACCAUGCACCUCAUCCUCCACAGGAUAUUAAGCUCAGCCAUUUUCAAUUUGUUUCCCCCGUACGGAAGGAACAGUUAUACCACUGAAGACAAGUCACUUAGUCGUUCGGUUGCGUUAUUCGAUUUGGAAAUGCUAGAUUAAUCAUUGUUUUUCAAAUAGAAGAUGACCUCAAUUGUUACUGCAGUAAAAACCCGCGCAUAAGAACCUAAAAUUUAAGAACCGGUUAGGCUAAAAUUUUCAUUUUAAACUCCCUUUUCAUAAGAACCUAUUUAGCCUAAAAUUUUCAAUAGGUUCUUAUUUUAGAAAAAAAUUCUAGUCUAGGUUUCAGUCUGGAAGAUUCAGAGAAUGAACUAAAAUGAAAAUGUUUUAAGUUUUAAAAUUUUAUGGACACUGCAGCAUGAAACACAUACAUGCUAGUACUUUGGAAAGAUAGAUUUACUGUAUGGCUAUCAUCAUCUAAACUGUUUUGUAGAUAAUUAUUUAAUAAAGCAAUAUACUCCAUAUUACGCAAAUAUGCCCUGUAGUAGUUAUCUUUGCUGAUCACUAGUGCCCCUAUCAAAUUAAGAACAUAUUUAAGAACCUAAGUAGUCUAAAAUCCCACUAAAUACCAUUUCUAUAAGAACCUAUUUAGGCUAAGUUGGAAAAAUGUAGGUUCUUAUACGCGGGUUUUUACUGUAUUAGUGUCGUAAUAAAUAGGAGUCGAAUAAUCUGGGCAUAUGUAUUGACACUUUCUUUCACCGGUCACAACGGAACAAUGAUGACUGCUUCUUUUUUAAAUAAUUAUAUACUAAUCAAUUACCUCAAACCAAAUGCAAUAUAUCUUAAGGGCGCGCAAGUCUGUUGUAGAGGCUAAUUUUCAUUUCCACGUACCACCAUCAACUCGAUCAUCCCGGCAUUCCCCGGCGGGCUCUGUAAACGCGUUGUGAUUAUGUCUGCGGCACUGAUGCCAGUUAGUUUCCGCCAUGUGCUUACUCAAACGCAGUUGCUAACGCCAACUUGUCAUUUCCUAUUUACUUCUUAUUCGUCGUCAAGAUUUCAGGCCUUUUCGCCCCGCGCUGGUCGUAGUGCACGUAGUUAUCAUUUCAGAAGACAGUUUAAUGAGCGGGCCAGGUUAUUUUGGUUACAGAAAACUGUGCUUUUUCAGGUAAUGCCUCAAACAUAAACAGGCCAACAACUUUUUAACUUGACAUCGGUCUGCACCAGCUAAAAGUUCUUUAAUUCUAGCGAGUUUUUUUGGCAAGCGAAGUCUUUUGAAAUUGUAUUUGCACCUUUAAGAAGUGCUUGGUAACGUUUGUCAUCACUUCUUGCGAAUAAUUAAUAGAGUAUAAACCUCUACAAUCUCUGAUUAAGUCAGAUUUAGGGAAUAAGUCUGGUCGGGUAUAACACUGAUCACUGAUUUUCCGCUUUCGUAGGAUGCCUUUUCGUCGCAGCUAUAAUUUUUUCUUCCUUUUUCUACUGUGUUUGAAGUUGUGCGCAUCGUUCUAAAAUCAAGUGGCUGCUUUCAGCAAGUUGAACAAACAUAUCAGCAGCAGGCUUUUAGACGUGUAUUUCCGCGUUUUGUCAGGUUUUGUUCGUGUUAAAUAUUCUUUGUUGACUUAUUGAAGGAUAUAUGUGUUAAUGAUGCAGCAGGCGAUUAUAUUGUUUGCCGUUCAGGUCUUGGUUCUUACUCUGAUUUCUAUGGAGUCGGUGAUGGUCAUCUGAGUAGUAACCGAUCGUGUUUUUACGUUUGAUGUGCCGCCUUACCCGAACUUCUGAGUAACGACAGGUGCUGGGUUUUUUGUUCUGACUCAUAAAUAUUGUAUUUUUGUACUUUUACCUUUUUAAUUUAUGCGUAAUCAACUUGCACAAUCAAGCCAAAGUAAUGCGAACGACAUUUACAAUUUUUUUGCUGUGUCUCAGAGGUUGCUGUUUUCCAUAUCCAGUUUUCAAUUACUGCAGAUUGAUCGCUUGUAUAUAACGCGCUAGUUGUUUUCGUGCAUUGAGCAAUGCCCUUCGUCCUUCUAAUGAGCAUCCAAAUAAGAGCACAUUUUUUCUCUCGGUCUUUUUUCGCACGGCUAUUAGUAUUUCAAGCUUUAAGCUUUUCAUUGCACUUGCAAAACUAAAAGCCUGCCUUCAAAAGGAUCAAGUCUAUUAUGAUUUUUGGACGAUUAAUGGAGGUGAUGAAGGAAGAUUGAGACAGUGUACUGCAGAGUAUAGAGAGUCUCAGUCUUAGGUUGGCUUUUUUGUUUUUUUCAAUGUUCAUGGCGCUCUGUGUGCCUACUUUUAUUUAUUGUUUAAAAUCUAUUGCCAAACUAGCACAGAGCUUCAAUCAUUUUGACGUGAAUUAAAAACUGUUCAGUUGGCGAGUAUGGAAAUUACCGGUUAGACUGUGUUAGUUAAAUUUCAAGCGUAAGCCCAGAUGGAUAUUAUGUUCGUAUAUUGUACUUUAUUACGUUUUCAAUAAGAACUACACUUGGAUAAUGAGUGCAUUUUUAAACCUUGUUAGUUGCUAUUACAGACAACGCAUGAAAUGUGAUUUACUUCAGAUACGCUGUUUAAAAGCUGACUGCUCUUAGCGACCGCGCGACAGCGUCUUUUAAUAUUUAGCGAUGUCGUUCAGUUGACAAAGAAUUAUGGCUUCUCUGCAGCGAUAUUAGGAUUUAUCACAAGUCCCGUAAGUACAGGGUUAUUGUGUUGCCGCUUCCGCUUAUUCUCCUCAUUACCGUAUGUAGACUUGUUUUGGUUUCACUCGCCUUUUUCUCUUAAAUCGUCUUUAAAAAACGUCCGUUUCUGGGAUAGGUCGUCUAUUCAAUCCCUCUUACCAACAUACGUUUACUUUUGAACUCCUUGUCUAACCAUCUAUUUUAUUAUUAUUAUUUUUUUUCGUCUCGGCGUGCGGCCGAAAAUGUACGGCUUUCAUCUACAAUUUCCACCUUAUGUGAGUAAAAAACCUCAUGUACCCAAGGUAUUACGAAGCGGCGGGGAAGGGGGCGGGGGGGGAGGUGACUUUGCUGCCGCAGAAGGCUGGAUCCGGCUCCCGUUCAAAGAUUAACAUGGACUUUGAGUCAAGCGCCUUUUCACCGCAUUUUAUUUGGUGUUUACCCCUUUCGCCUGAUUUUAGUACUGAACAAAAGCGACAAAUUCUUUCUAACUAUCGUUAUUUGGACGAUUAGCAUUCACUUAAACGCUUUGACCUGUACUUGUUUAGACUUUGCGUACUUUCCAGAGUGAUGCGACUAGCAUCAGGCGAAAUAUCCUGACUGUGAACAUAAAAAAAACCAGAGGGCUUUGCUGGCUUUGUAAAAUUUUACAUGUUUCCGUGAUCAGUAUAGCCGAUUACACUUAAGUAGAAUUUUUGUAUUUUCAUUCCAGAUCCCUGCAUACAUCAUCACCUUGCAUGACCUACUCGCUCUUACUCCACAUGAUCACGUGGAAAGAAACGCGUUGGAAUAUGCACAGAGUGUUCUCGAGCAACUUUCUACGGUGAGGUUAGCCCGUCUAGGGCCUCAGAUGAUAUCAGCUAUGUUCAUAAACAGGCUGAUUUUCUUGCACUGCAUUAAACAAGCAAAGGUUUUCUUCAUAAAGAGCGUUUCGUCUAGUUUGCCACACCUCGCUACUCACCGACUUCUCUAUUAAAAACAUGAGACAGCUCCUGUUGCGGUUGAGAUAUACUUCUCUUGUUAAAGUCCGGACAAGGUCAUUAUUAUGUUUGACCUUUCAGACAAAAUUGUAUCAAACGCGACCGGCCGAAGGCGUCGUCGUCUGAUCACAGGUAAACUAUUCUACCGCCCACUGCAACUACACUGCGCAUGUGCGUGAAGUUUGUUUUUAACUCAGACAUGCGAUUGUUUAGGAAUGCUUUUUAAAGGUAGACACAAUGCUACAGACUUUUCAGCAAGUGACUUGUUUUGCCUCUUUCCUAUGAAUUGUGAAUGCAAAGGUACCAGAUGGGGCAUGAACGAAGCUUUAAUAUGUGCAGUCCGCUUUAUCUCACCCGCUUUUUUGUUGCUGUCUGCAGGUUAUGCAUGACGAGGUCAGCGAGACUGAAAACAUUCGUAAAAAUCUGUCCAUUGAGAGGCAGAUAGCGGAAGGCUGCGAAAUAUUACUUGAUGUCAACCAAAUCUUUAUCAGACAAGGUUCAUUAGUUUGCAUUUGCUUUUUAACAAUUGCUCAGUAUUUGUAUAUAUAAUAGGACAUGCAAAGUAUUUUUUCAAUUCAACUAUUUCCAAAUUGGACAAGCAUGUAGUCCUCUUACUUAUUAAUUAUAUACUUAGCUGGUUAGUUAAUCCAGAUUUUUUAGCGUGUCACAGACGCGUAAUAGUGUACACUCGAACCGUUUGUAGUUGAAAGAAAAUCACACUGCAAAAUCUAAAAAAGUGUCAACUUAUUCUGUACAAGUAGACAAACGUAGAACUAGUAUUGCUCUUUCAUACUUUGGCAUUUUGUAGUCAAGUAUAAAUUUUAAAAAGCUGCAUAUGAAAACCGCAAUUUCGAGUACAAAGAAAACAAAGCAACAAUGCAAAUACUUAAUUUAAACUCGUAAACUAUGAAAGUAAGCAUUUCAUUCAUUACCUCAAACGAUUUCCGCAGACUUUUCGCGGCCUCAUGUGAGGGAAUCCAAGACAGUCUUGGAUUCUGGGUUCCACGCCGUGGAUUCCAGAUUCCAGGUACUUGAUUUCAGUCUUUUUUAGUGGAACUUGGAUUCUGGAUUCCAAUCUUUAGUAGGAUUCUGGAUUCCUUGAGCUGUAUUCUGGAUUCCUUGAGCUGUAUUCUGGAUUCCUUCAGCUGUAUUCCGGAUUCCUUCAGCUGUAUUCCUGAUUACUUCAGCUGUAUUCCGGAUUCCUCGAGCUGUAUUCCUGAUUCCUUGAGCCGUAUUCCGGAUUCCCUGAGCUGUAUUCCGGAUUCUUUGAGCAGUAUUCCGGAUUCCCUGAGCUGUAUUCUGGAUUCCCUGAGCAGUAUUCCGGAUUCCUUGAGCUGUAUUCUGGAUUCCUUGGGCUUUAUUCCGGAUUCCUUGAGCUGUAUUCCAGAUUCCUUAAGCUGUAUCCCGGAUUCCCUGAGGUGUAUUCCGGAUUCCUUGAUCUGUAUUCCUGAUUCUUUGAGCUGUAUUCCGGAUUCCUUAAGCUGUAUUCCUGAUUACUUGAGCUGUAUUCUGGAUUCCUUGAGCUUUAUUCCGGAUUCCUUGAACUGUAUUCCGGAUUUCAAAGCCCAGGAUUCCGGAAUUCGGAUUCCCUUACAUGGAGCGAGACUUUGUCCUUUUGUUUGGUAAUGAUUACUUAAUCUAAUCAGAACUAACUAGCAGUGUUUUCUUAAUCUUGUCCAAAGUUUCAGUGCUCGUACAUUUUCAAGAGUCGUUGAUUGUUUCCAAUUCAAACUUUCAUCCGUUUGGUCAUACAUUUUUGUUUUAAAUGGCCCAGACAAGAAGCCAAAACAAAACAGCAGCAAAACAAAGCAACAAUUUUAGUCAAGCCAAAAAGGAGCCAAGAGUGUUCGAGAAGGAACCGCCGCCCGUCAACGAGACUGUUUUUGCGCGUUGUCACAGGGACUUUGCGCUAAUUGGCUAGUUUGCAUUGCCAAUUGUAUUUUAUGGCAUUUGAUCGGCUCAGACCAUCUGUCCUAUUUUUCGUAAAUUGGUCAGUUUGCCUUUUUGUAAAUGAAAGUCGUAUCUGAAACUAUCCAAAUAAAUCCUUAAUUGGACAUUUUGUAAAAAUUAAAGGAUGAUAGCUUUGCUGACAAUAUCUGGUUAACUGACAGAUAUAUCACGUGUACGGUUCUAUUAUUGAUACUGCUGGUCAGUGUUAUUUAUUGGCCACCAAUGGGGUCUUGCCUUAGUCUUAAAAUGUAAAUCACACUAGACGACUUAGGAUCAAGGCCACAGGAUUUACAAGACUUAUCUUGUCAAGCUAUGUGGUUGUAGUGUACUGUAGCAAUAAAACGACACCGCACUGGCCAAAACAUACGAGUUCCCCAGGUCAAAUUUUCCUCUUGAAAGACGCCACUUCUUUCUAGCAGCCUUGUGAUUAAUAAUGCUUCUGGCUUCACGCCCUUUGUUAUAUAUCUUUCAUAACGAAAUUUGUUUCUUCCGGACAUUUUUCCUGAUUAACACUUUCUUAUUCAACUUUGAUGAUUUGCCUCUCGUGCCAUUAUCCUGCUAAAUAUUCUAUUUUUUUCACAUCGUGCAAACCAAAAUCUAGCCAAGUUACGUAAACCUUGUACACGUAGAGUUGGGAUUUUAGUAACUCUUAUUCCACUGUAUUUCAUUUCUGGUUCUUGUGUAAGAUCAGUGUUGCUGAGUUUUAUCUUUUUUUGUCAUUUUAGGAAAUUUGAUUCAGGUUAUAGAAAGUCGUAAAGGUAAAACAUUCGGUGGUUUGUCGCUUAAGUCAGCUGACGGACGAAAGGAAGUUGUGCACCAGUGCUUUCUAUUUUCGGGCUAUCUUCUACUUACUACGAGAUCAUCAAGCGGCCGACUACACCUUUCUAAGGUAAAGACUUUUUACUAAGGUAUUUGUCUGGUCUUGUACUGAACAUGUGUCAUAGUACCUCAGUCUUUAUCAAUGUGCCGCAUUUAUUCUGACUGUACAGACCUUGUCACUGUCAAAUAACGAUUUGUUAUUCUUUGUCUUUCUCAGAAUGGUGCGAAAAUUCCCUUGGCUGACAGCACGUUAAUUGAGGAUUGCUUUCAAGAGGGUAAAUAAUUUCCUUUUUAGUUAUAAAUACGAGGCAUCCUUUGGGAUCCAGAUACACAAUUUCUUUGGUUGAAAUUGCAACGUGUUAGAUUCGUCCAAGCCCAAUAAUGAAAGGUGUGGUAAGCCCGGCGAGGCCUUGUGGGGUUCUAUAUUCAGUAACUGGCGACUGAGCUACAUCAGUCAGGUUUCCACAAUAAUUUAGUUUAUAAAGUUGCUCUUUUUUAAAGGAAACGAUUGAAGCAGUUCGUUUGUCUACAGAAAUAAUCUGCUGACCUAAUUCCGUUGAGUAACUUACUACUUGCGAACUUUUUAUUUGACAGUGGACGCCGAAAGCGUUCUGUAUGGUUCUCGAGCGAACCAAGAAAUUGACUUAGAUGAACUGACGUUUAAGCUGGUGGUUAGGUCUCCCUCGUACACCGUGACGCUUAUGGCGCCUUCAGUGCAGGAAAAAGCUGCUUGGACUUCAGACAUUAGUCAGGUACGAAUGUACAAAGGACAUGAAGCAGCAGCUAACAGAAAAUGUUACAUCUGUACAUCUUCGAACAGAAACAAGCAAAAAUAGGUGAAGUGGAGUGGAGACGGCUAUGUUUAGAAUGGGUUACACUUGACAGUUACCAGAAAAACUGAUAGACUAGUGGCCUGAAAUCAGGUCGAUUUUUUACACUAACGGGCACUUUGCACUUCAGGUUUGAUGAAAUUAUACUAACGUUAUUUUUAAGCAUCGUUCUCCUGCAACAAAUUUAGAAAACAUGACCCAUUCAAACUCGGAUUAACUGUUAGACUGACUGACCUGCCUCAACUAGCGAAAACCUUGUUUUGUGUCUGCUAUUUGUAGACCUCGGUUGAAAAUUAUUAUUUUCGUAGGAAGGAAUUAAGUAUAUUUCUCGGACGAAGUAUUAUAACCACUAAUUUUUUUCUUUCAGUGUAUUGAGAAUCUUGCAGUAAUGUCAGAAGAAGAUAACGUGUCCAUAGCCUCGAGGCAAAGUUUGGCGAGUGUCAGGUUAGCUAUUUCCUACCAAUGAACUGGACUUGUUAACCAUCCCAAUGACUACAGUUUCCAAACAGCUAUUCGCAUUGUAUGUUUAAAAUAUGACUUUGUUUUUAUAGAUUUUUGGAUAUAAUAAUUAUGUAAGUAACCUUGAUGCAAAUCAAAUUUCAAAUACAAUUUUAAUUUCCUGACGUAUGACGGGAUUUGGCGGAAAGAUCAAAGCCUUUUACCGUUUUUAAGAAUUAUAGCGAAACAUUUUUCGUUGCCCGCUCGAUAUAUUUUGGAGCUAUUUUUUGUAUAUGUAUGGCAUUGCUAUUUUUCACUUUUGAACUAUUUUUUUCCAUACAGGUUUAUUUCAAAUUAACCAAAUACUGAAGAGGACUAACUAUGUACUGUUAAUCUUUACAACAGAUCGGAUCCAAAGCUUUUUGCCGACGAUGCUGAUAUAAAAUACUGCAAGGCUCUUAAUUGCUGCAAACUUCCAAAGGUGUGUAUUUCAGUAUGUUUAAUAUCUUAUUCAAUGUCGUCAUUACAGUGAGUUGCGAUUAUUUUCAUGGAUGGUGAAGUUUACUCUACUAACUAAAGUGAGUAAGUGAGCAAAAUACGUCUUUGUCGUUGUAAAAUAUGAUUAUCAGAAUUUUUGCCGUUCAGCGUAAAUUGCUAUAGUUGAAGGUCACUUUUAAUUUCCUUUAAUGCUUAAUACUUAUACUUUAUUAUGUUUGUAAGAGUUUUAUUCAUACGCCGAAAAUAACAUUGGUUAACGUUGGUGGUCUGUAUUUUGUAGAUCAGCCCUGUUUAUCAACAGGUGACACAGGUGCUAUAUACCCAACAUGUCACUUUCCACCGCUACUCAGAAUGAUUUUUCUGUGGCAUCAGUCGAGGAGUGUCAUGGUCGGUUUUAAUUCUUCUUUUUGCAUUGACACUCUAUUUAGAUUCGUCACGCAAGUUUAGAGCGGCUAUUGGAACGCCUGCUAGAUAUUCGUUUCCUCAGUGUGGACUUCUUAAAUACUUUUCUCAUCACAUAUCGUGUGUUCACAUCAGCUACGUCGCUUCUGGACACAUUAUUGCAGUUUUACUACGCCAAUAAUGCAAACGAUUAUGCCUGUGUAGACCUGGUCUCCCCAACCAGUCGCAAGACUCGCUCAGUAUCGCUACCCGGCACAGAGUCGCUCAAUGCACAAAGAGCCCUGAAAGGUAAUCAUUUAAUUGGCCAUGUGUCUAAACGGGCAGGAACUGGUACGACAAGGAUAGUUUGGAGUGACAGCAGCAAGCCACUUGUUAAAGUCCCUCUCAAGGUUACUCUGACUGAAGAAGAGAUACAUGGUGCAUCAGGAUUUUUAGGAAAUUUGUAAUAGUGAAUAUUAGGUGCAUUUCUGAAACCAUUCUUGCAGUUUGGAACUGAACACAGCACUUCAAGUACACCAUGUUUUUUGACCUUGAUUCUGUCCCUCGAAACGAUCCCAAGAAACCUUGUGGCUGCCGGCAUAUCGUACCCAUUAUUCAUUCGUUAGCAUGGCGAAUUUUACUAGCAUCGUGGAUUCUAAAUUUGGCUCUCACGGAAGUCCGUGAAGAUCGCAACUCGGUCUAGCUAAAACCUAUUUUAAAAAAGAAAAAGAAAAAGAAGCAUCACCAAAAAAUGUGGGAAUCGCUGCUUUCAUUAUAGACACCGUUAUUACAUCGUAUCGUAUCCAUUACUCUAAUUAUUAUUCAUUCAAAAUAAUUCAGCGUUUCGGAAUGGCUUUAGCUAAUUCUUCAUAACCAACUGGCGGUGACCAAAUUUGGAAGAUGCAGGCAAUAUACAAUUGAUACGAUUGUAUACUGCCAAUGUAUCAUCAAACCCUCCUUUCCAGGCAGCGGCGCGGCAGUCUAACUGUUUUGGUGUGAAUGCGAAACUCAUAAACAAGUUUUCGCGGCUAUCCAAAGAAAAAACGCUCGAUGGAUGUUAUCUGCUUUUUGAAAACAAAUUCUGUUAGUAUUCUAAAACUGUGCCGAUGUAAAACUAUGCUGUGGCCGAGGUGGAUAACAGCCUCCCAGAUCUGCAUAAUUCUUCAUAUCAUACUCAGCCUCAUUCAGUAAUUGUAGUCUUUUGUAGCGUUAAUUUUAACACAAAGCUGGUGAUUAUUGUAAUAUGAUAUCUAACGUGUAUCAAUACUUUCUUCUAUUCCUGUAGGUCGUAAUAAUCAGCCCUCUGCGGCUUCCCAGUCAAUUAGCAUCACUGUAUCUGACGUAAAAAUGCCUUCAGACAAUGAUCACAGAGAAACCGUUGCUGAGGACUCUACAUCGCGCACUCCCGACCGACUAUGCCCCAGUAACUACCAGUCGCACAGGCGGCAUUCUUCACCCUCCGCUCUGGGCGAAUCAGCAGGUUUUGAGUUUCCAGACUCCUCCACUGAUACACCUCUGUCACCAGGAGACGAUUCUCCCACACCUAUAAGACAUGCGGGGCCUAGGAACCACAGCUCACCAUUCUUGUCUCGAAGCAACUUUCGUUCCCGCGCACAGAGCAGCUCAUCUAAUUUCGUGUCGGGAGGGUUUGAUAAAGACAAAUCAAACCUUUCUUUAUUGCAGGACGAGGACAUUUUCAACGACUUGAAAUUUGAACUUCAGGCGCCACCCAAACAGCGUGGCAAGCGAUCCAGGGCAUCUACUUCUUCAGGUGCACUCAUAUUGUCAAUAGACUCCAACUCAGCCUCUAACUCUUCAAUCCAUACUGCAUGCAGUACCUCUAUAGGUGAACCCAACAAAGGAACACAAAUGCGAACAGCAACACCUGUUGAAAACUGUGUUGUGGAUUUUCAAGCCGAUGAGGUAUUUCAUCAGAAGCCUAAGAAUCAUCGGCGGCGUUCAACUUCUAAUGUUCAGCGUGAGCGUAGUCCUGAUCGCCUUUUUUCUGCUGGUUGCCUCGGUAUCAUUGGAGACAAUGACUUGCAGAGCCCUGAAGACACACGCACCAAACAUCCUUCAAGAAGGCCAAGUUCCCCUUGUCGGCUGUACAAAAUUGUUAAAGAUGCGGAAGAAAGAGUUUCAUCCCUUAAAUCUCAGCGCCGACCCAGCUCUCCCAAGUUGCCAUCACCUGCGUCUCCUCUUAAUUCACCCCGAUCUCCUCUCUCGCCAUCUGCCAGCAGCGUCAGUGCUGGUGUUGUAGUGACGUCCUCAAGACCUUCUCGACGCAGGUCCAGCAUAUCAUCAGCAGCUUCAGCGUUUGCUGCUGCUACCGCUGGUGCGUCUCCGUCAUACACGGCCACAUCGCCCACUGCGACACGAUUUCGCUUUGGUAAGUCCAGGAUAACAACGCGACCGGUUUCAUUUCUGUCACUCGCAAUAGCUUAGGGAAACUUCCAGUUGAUUGUUAGGAAAAGCUGGUUUUACGAGUUUCAUGUAAUGUGUGAUUGAAGUUAAAAGAAUGUUGAAUGAAUCACAUGUAAGGGUCAGAUAAGAAAGAAAGACUACUGAAGACACUGAAAGUGUACGGUAAGAGUGAAGAGGAAAACUGGUUCCCUUUAUUCUAUUCAGACUUUCCAAGAUGUAUUUUAAUACGGUUAUGCUUAAUUUUGUCAAAAUCUUUGUAGAUAUAUUUCAUACGGGAUAAUAUUUCUCAAUUAAUUUGCAACACUGUAUUUUUUCCAGCUCAUACCAUCCGAGAACUACUGUCUUCUAACUCGCACAUGGCCACCAUGAGGGUUCUGACAAUUCUACGACAUUGGGUCACUAAACACCCUGAAGUAAGUGUUGUCGUUAUGGUGUUUGUUUAAAACUCUGCAGUUAUUGACUAUUUGUCUGUUUUUGUGUUCUUACCCAGGAUUUUGAAGCCGACCCGGCAUUAAAAGAGCAAUUAAUAUCCACUAUGAACUACAUUAAUAGUAAUGACAGCUCUACAAAUCUUGAACAAAAAUUUGCAAUGGCAAUUAUAAGGUGAGUUGCAUUUCAAAAUUUCUUUGUGCUUCAACUUUUUGCAAAUUUAUAAACCCAUUCUAAGUACAGUAGUUUGUAAACUGGCAAGUGCUAACUAAAUAUAAUACCUGGGUAGACGCCGACAGAAUAUAAAAUCCGGGUAGACUAUUUUUCAUUUUCCUGUACCUCUUUCUUUUCCUACAAAUUUAUUAAGUGAUCUUUUUACAAUAUUCAUUAGGAUACUGGAGAGAAAACAGGAGGAAUUAGAGGCUGCUCUUUCUUUUGAGGCUACCUUCUUUUCAAGGGUAGGCUGGCAACACUGAUAACGAUUGAUAGGAACAUCAGAAGUGCAUUAAUAUAAUGCUGCAGUGUUAGAUUAAAGCUGUAGGAAUUUUCAAACUUCAGUACAUCUUAAAAAAAAUUAACGUUCUUUAUUUUGAUCAAACCAGGGAGAACCAUUUUCUUCAACAAAUCAAUGAGCAAAGUAAGCCUCUUGAUGAAGUCCGGUUCAUGUUAUCUCUUUCAGUCGACAUUAAAGAGUGAAUCAAGCUGCCUUCAUGUCAAGUUGUUUUCAGUAUUCGAUUUAAACUAUAGUAGUCAAAAGAAAGUCAGAUGUUAAAGGUGGACAGAGGAGGAAUGUGACUUAUAAAUAUAUUCCUUUAUACUCUAGCUUGCUUAAGUUUGUAGUAGUUGAAGGAGGCUGACCGAUGAUUUUAAUGGUAAUGAUAAUGAAAAUGAUGAUUGUCCAGAAACACAAGGAAGCUAAAACAAUACUCAUGUAUUACGUGCCUCUUUUCAUAGCUGCCUUUUUGUAGUUAUAUGCGUUUUUUUCUUUUUGCUAAAGGGUGGAAGCCCUCGAGAAGUUGCCACGUUUGAAAAAGUACCCGCUACUCAACUUGCAGAACAGCUCACAUUCCUGGAGCACUUAAUCUUUUCCAAGAUUCCUGCACAGUAAGCAGAUCAUUUUGUUUUUAUGGAUGAGUUUAGAGGAAUAUUUCUUAACGUCGUACGUUCUUCUUGGGAUGCGGUCUAAGCCACCUCUGCUCUCUCAGCUGCAGAUGUUGUAGUUCAAGUUUACCCUUUAUUUUUACCCUUUGUUUUAAUUUUUUUUUUCCGCUAACCCUUAAUCCGGCCCUUAUAGGGACAAAAUUUGAACCACAACGUAGACACUUUCCAUUUUUCUUUUACAGUUUUAUCAAAUUCUAAUGCGCGUAUUGUUUCUUUACUUCAGUGAAUUUCUCAACCUUUCUUGGAUGAAGCCGGAUAAAAAUGUUCGAGCACCUAACAUUCUUCGUGUGACAAAACGGUUUAAUGAUGUAAGUCUACGCGUGUGCACAGCACAUACGCAGCUAUACAUACAUUCAGUUCCUAACUUUCCUUUCCAGAAGCAAGGUGGCGAUGGCAGAUGUAGUAAUGGCGACGGCAGAUAUCGAUGUGACAGUUUUGUUGACGUCAACGACCAAAAAUCGCAUGGGCAUUCAGAGAUACGUUAGUUACCAUGCUCUUAGGCAAAAAAAGGAAACAUUCAUAAAUAAUAUUAGUUCCUACUUUGUGGAGAAAUUUUGUCGUGCAAUUAUAAUUGUCGAAUGUAAGAAGUUGUCGGCAAACAACUCUCUAGUCUAACGAGGCUCUUUACAACGUACAACCGAUAUUGAGUUUGUAACGGUAGUUGACGGUAACCACUCUUUCAAGUUCAAUUGACCUCAUUUGUAAGGUAACUCCGUACCAUAUUUGAAUUUUGAUAUUGAAUUUAUAACCUGGUUAAAUGGUGAGACCUUAAGUUAGCGGCGUCGAGGUAAACUUGCAGAUGUCUUAAGUUUAAGGCAUCCUUCGAAGAUGAAGAAAGUGAAUCUGAAUAAACUUAAGAGGAAGAGAAGUGAUGACAACAGGAUUGUGCCUGCUCUGUUCACAGGAAUUGUUAUGUGAUUCUCUUUUGGUUUGUCUUUUCUUUGCAGACAAGUUCGCUUGUAGCUUCAGAGAUUCUUAAGCACCAGUCCCCUUCCACACGUGCCACUGUGGUUGAGAAAUGGGCUGCGGUGGCGGAGGUUUGCCGCGAUCUACACAAUUUUAACUCUGUUUUAGAAAUCAUUUCUGCUUUCAUGAGCAGUUCAAUCUACAGGCUCAAGAAAACUUGGGAGAAGGUUUCCAAACAGGUAUACCUGACUUGAAAAUCAAAUCACCCUACCUACUGCCUUACUGUUAUUGUCACUUCGUUUUUUCGUUGAUUGUUCUACUUAAAAUUUAACCAAAUCUACUUCGCCAAAACCACAAAUUUGUUAGGAUUUCUUGUACGGGCUCUUUCCUGUAAAUGUGAUAAACAGUCGCCGUCACCUCUCGGUACGUCUCGACGAGUAAUUUUUAUUUAAACGGCUACUUUGUAGACCUGGGCGCCUUCCAGUUCACUAGAUACACUUAUGCAUGCGGGCCUGUAACACUCUUUUACUACUUUUCUUUUGGUACAAGAAAAGUUAGAAAACCCGGCCAAAUAUUGGCUGGUGAUGGAUUAAUGGCUCAUUGCAGGUUUGACCCUUUCUAUAAUAAAAAGUGCAGGAGUUUGUUUGUAGAUCUAACGAACUUCUGAUGUUAGAGCAAUGUUGUUUCUCGGCUCUUGAUCCCACAGACGCGGACGAUGAUUGAUAGGCUACAGAAGUUGGUUAGUUCUGAAGGUCGCUUUAAAAACAUGAGGGAAGCCCUUAGAUGGUAGGUUGUUAUGCUUCAAGCGGCAUUGUUCUCAACAUAUCAAUAUCCUUGGUUACUCCUGCUACCAGUCAAACAAAGGUUUUUUCAGCACGCCUUAAUUAGUGAUAUUGGUUUGUAUUCUACCAUGGCGACAUUCAGCCUCAGUUUGAAAUCAUUAGCAACGUCAUUAGCCUCGUUAGAACAAUCUUCACAAAUGGACAAAUAACUCGAUUGACUAAUGGCACAAAGAAACGUCGCCAAAUUUACAGGAAAAUCAAUUUAGGUUGCUACCUCAUGGAGCAAAUAUAUUUUGUGCCACUUUCUAACUGGUGUGCGCUCUCUUGAGCGAUUUUUAAAUAUAUCUGGCGCUGCCUUGUUGAUUACAUGUUAAGUAACCCUUUUUUGUGAUUAUGUUGAUUUUCAGUGCGGACCCACCAUGUAUUCCUUAUCUUGGGUUUUAUUUGACGGAUCUAGCAUUCAUUGAGGAUGGCACCCCAAACUUCAAUGAGAAUGGACUUGUUAAUUUCUCCAAAAUGAGAAUGGUGAGAUUUGAUAAGUGAAUUUAGAAUUUAUAGCCAUUUAAAUCCGUUACCCUAGUGCUUAAAUUCACGUAAUGUUUGGUUGGUUUCAGAUCGCCCAAGUCAUUCAAGAAAUCAAGCACUACCAACAAAACAAGUACACGAUAGAACAUGAUAAAAAAGUAAGUUUUGUUGUCUGUUCUUACCAUGAAUAUCAUGUCUUUAUUCUCAGUGAUAAAACCUUUGAGCGAAUGACGGCGAAAAGAGCUGAAAGUGUAGUUCCCUCUGGAAUUUCCGUAUUUUUCAACUUGGUUGGGCACCCUCUGGAAAGAGUAUUUUUGGCUCCAAAAUGUUUUUGCACUAUAUUAUUAAGCGAAAGAUAAUUUUUUCUGCGAUAAGAUGAGAAAAAAAUCUUUUCAUUCGUGUUAGUACGGUUCUAAUAAUCUAAAGGGCGUUCUUAGCUAAUAAUUAACCACUGAGGCGAUACCUUACACUACUGGCUACACGAAUAAUGUCAUCUGCAAAAGAACCAGUUACAUUCAAACUAAACACCACGUGAACUUUUAUUACUUCAUUUCAGUUAGAACAUGUUACAAGAGGGCUUAGAAUACGACUGAAUUACGGUGAAUCAAUGUGUAAUAAAGCAACAGCUAGAUAACCGAAGAUUACCGUGUUGCACGAAAUUUUUGCGGGUCUUAAUUUUCGCGAUUUUUCCAACGAUCCGCAAAAAUUAAUUACCGCAAAUAUUUUUCCCGCAAAAAUCUACCCCAGAGUAAAUAAUAUCUAACUCGCUACAAAAAAAAUACAGUGCUAAGAAACUGUUGUGUCUGUUCAACUACAACUUGUCUCUGACGUUCAGAAACAAAACGAUUAAAUGAUGAGCAAAACUCCUGUCACUGGUUUUACAUACAAGGGUACCCACGCCGUAGUACUAGUAUUAGUAUUGUUUGAAAAUAUGUAAUUAUUUAUUAUUUCAUUGCACGUACUCAGUGAAAACGAAAAUAUUAUCAAUUCUUUGUCCGGGACUUUCUGAAAAUCGCAAAAAAUUAAUCCCAGCAAGAAAAACCAAUCUGUCCUAAUCGCAAAAAUUAGUUCUCGCAAAAUACAAAAAAUCGUCAAUUCGCAAAAUUAAACUCCCGCAAAAAUUUCGUGCCACACGGUAUUCAUGAGCCGAUGACAAUUGUAGUAGAGAAAACUUUCGCGUAAGCCAUGAAAAACGCUUUUUAACGGACCGUAGAUAAAAGAUGAUCAAUGCAAAGAACAAGACUUGUUUUGAAACACCGGUAACAGUGAAAUAACUGAUAGCUUGCUUAACAGAGAAGCUGUUAUUGAUGAAUAACUCACUACUCAGACCCUCUGGAAAAAACCUCUGUAAGCAACCCCCCACCCCCUCGGAAUUUACCUCCUCUUGGACCCCCUCCCCUCCAAAUAUACAUAUACAUAUAUACAUGUUUUAUUUAUUUGGAGUCUUAUACAAUAAAUAGUAUAUCAACUAUUUCCGUUGCCCUCCGUAGCCGGCGUGGGGGGCGGUGGGUAUGGAUAUUUUCUAAAACUACACAAUAAGGUAAAGUAUUCUGUCAUAUUUCCUUUUUUUUCUUAUUUCACUUUUUUUAUUUAUUUAUUCAUUUAUAUUUCAGAUUAUUCGAUACUUGACGUCCAAUGAUAAUUUGAUGAGUGAAGACAUGCUUUACCGAACUUCACUCGGAUUGGAACCAAGAAAACGAGGAUCCUCAAAAAUUAAGCAUCAGGACAUCGGAAACUGAUCAAGUCGCACUUUCUUAUUGUUUUCUUGUUAAUAAAGAAGUAAAAAGAAAACAAACAAACAAACAAAACAAUGUAAAUGGCAAAUUGUGACAUACGUAGCUUUCUCUCAUAUUUGCUGUACAGCUGUAAAAACAAAUUUUCUUUCUCCAAGGUUCUAGUCCCUGGCGUGAACAACUGAACUUGUAUUUAAGCUUUUGAAACAGCUGUAUAAAUUAUAUUAUAUCGAUCAUAAGUGCUGUAAAAGGAAGCCAAACGUCAUUUUGUUCCUCAAUGUUGGCACUAAAAAACAGAUCUUUCAAGAAGACUAACAAUAAAGUUUGUGUGUCCAGAUUUAGUUUACAAUUAACUUAGAUAAAGAGUCUGUAAAGACGGUGAACUAUUGGAAAUACUCAUUACACGGAGCAGGUUUGAUGUUCCCAAUCAAUCCCAUGUUCAGCUUGCUUCAUCAUUUCUCUGUUUGUGAUUGCCAAU